AUGGGGAGAUCAGCAUGUUGUGAUGAAAGUGGGUUAAAGAAAGGGCCGUGGACAACAGAAGAAGAUGAAAAGCUGGUGGAGUACAUGGAGAGGUGCGGCGGCGACGGGAGUCAUCAUCAUCAUCAUCAUCAUCAUCGUGGCGGAAUUAGUUGGAGACAAGUGCCGAAGCUUGCUGGUUUGAAGCGGUGUGGAAAGAGCUGCAGGCUACGAUGGACAAACUAUCUGAGGCCUGAUAUCAAGAGGGGAAACUUCUCCCACCAAGAAGAGGAAACCAUUAUCAAUCUCCAUAAACUUCUCGGAAACAAAUGGUCCGCUAUAGCAAGCAACCUUCCGGGAAGGACUGAUAACGAAAUCAAGAACUUCUGGAACACCCAUGUAAAGAAGAAGCUGCUCCAAAUGGGAAUCGACCCCGUCACCCACACUCCACUACUUACUACAACUCAUGAUCAUCUCUCCACCAUAGCUGCUGCUAGUACUAGCUUCAAUCCAUGCGAUUGGGCGCUCCUCCAGUACUUGAACUCCAAAAUUCAAGUGUUGCAAAAUAAUAUACGACAAGGGCAAGGACUUCUAAUUAGCAACAAAACAGCUUCUGAUGCAUAUGAUCAGUGUCGUCCAUGUAUGCCAGGUAUGGAGAUGGAGGCUGCUGCCGUUGAUUAUUAUAAACAUGUUUUAGGGUCAGCACCAUCCAGCAGCAGCUCAUUUCUGGACCAGCAGCCAGUAUAUCAUCCUGGGCAUGGAAUUGGAUAUGAUUAUGCUGAUCUAACUAGUGCAACCAUGGUAAAUCGUCAAUCUAAUGGUUUCGAAGGUACUUCUUUCAGAAAUACUAACGAGUAUGAUCAUCACUACUCCAAGUUUUCGAUUCCAAAUAGGAAAGCUCCUUCCAGUACUGAAGAUGAACAUAAGCUGCAGUACGGGCAUGGUCAGAGUGGUACUUAUGAUCAUCAAUUGCCUGUGUUGGUUCCAGCAGCCACCUCGCCCUACGCCACCGGUAGUACUCAUGAUACUACCGCUAUUACGCCACCAGAACUCAUGAUGCAUCAUUUUCCUAACAGUAUCCAUUCAUCCACAACUACUACUUCAACAGCCACUUUCCAAAUUGAUUAUGGAGUAGCCUGCGACGGCCGGGAUCUUAUAGUUAUGGAUGGUGAUCAUCAUCAGGAAGCAACUAAUGAUCAGUCUUACUGGAAACACAUCAUGGAGUGA